AUGAAACAUUCAGCUGGCAUAGAGGCAAGGCAGAGGAGCUGCCAGGCUUUACUUGUGCUGCAUGACAGUCACUGUAACAGCAACACCAAAAUUGCAGCCUGGGAGGGAGAAUGGGGAAAAAAAUCUCCUGCUGGGGAAGGGGUGGCACUGGGUAUAAAAAGUGAGCUGAGAGCACAUUUAAAUAUUUUCCAGAGGAGAAGAGCUGGAACUCCACAACCUCUCUCAGGCAGCAGGAUGGAGAAGUCCAGGAGGAUGGUGGCCACUGUCCUGCUGUGUGUGCUGGCCACGGGGCUGUGCCUGGCCCAGCACUGGUCCUAUGGCCUCCAGCCAGGGGGCAAGAGGAGCACCCAGGACCUGCUGGGACCUUUCCAGGAGGCUGCAAAUGAGAUGGAAAAAUUGGAGGAGGUGCAGCAGAGGGAGUGCCCGGGCUCGUACCACAAUUCCAGGAUCAGGGAUCUGAAGGAAGCCGUGGAGAGGCUGGUGGAGGGAGAAGGCAGAAGAAAAGUUUAACCCCAAAACCAAAUGGAGCCACAGAGGGAGGUCUCAGAGCUGGGUUAAAAUAAAUUCCUCCUCAAAUGCUCUUUGCUUGGAUCAACGUGUGAAUAAAUACUCUGAAA